AUGGCCGCGCCGCCGCGCUCCGCGGCGCUCCGGGCGCUGCUGCCGCCGCUCCUCGCCCUCUGCGCCGCGCAGCCGAGCCCCGGCGCCUCCCGCGGGACGGGGCUCAGCCUCCACCCGCCCUACUUCAACCUGGCGGCCGCAGCCCGCAUCUGGGCCACGGCCACCUGCGGGGAGGCGGCGGGCGGCGGCGGGCGGCCGCAGCUCUUCUGCAAGUUGGUGGGGGGCCCGGCCGCCGCGCCGCUGGGACGCGCCAUCCAGGGCCAGUUUUGUGAUUACUGCAAUGGUGCUGAUCCCAGCAAAGCUCACCCGAUAACCAAUGCCAUUGAUGGCACUGAGAGCUGGUGGCAGAGUCCCCCUCUUUCCAUGGGGUUGAAGUACAACGAAGUCAAUGUCACCUUAGAUCUGGGGCAGCUCUUCCAUGUUGCCUAUAUCCUUAUCAAGUUUGCAAAUUCUCCUCGUCCAGAUCUCUGGGUCUUGGAAAGAUCAGUGGACUUUGGAAAAUCUUAUGUUCCCUGGCAGUAUUUUGCUUACUCGAGAGCAGAUUGUUUGGAGCGCUUUGGAAAGGAAGCAAAUCUUCCCGUGAGGAGGGACAGCGAUGUCCUGUGCACCACCGAGUACUCUCGCAUCGUGCCUCUUGAAAAUGGAGAGAUUGUAGUAUCUCUGGUAAAUGGCCGCCCAGGAGCAAAAAACUUCACUUAUUCCCCUGGUCUUCAAGAAUUCACAAAGGCAACAAACAUCCGCCUCCGUUUUCUCAGAACUAAUACUCUUCUUGGACACUUGAUAUCCAAAGCUCAGCAGGACCCCACUGUAACUCGUAGAUAUUACUACAGUAUAAAGGACAUCAGUAUUGGUGGUCGAUGUGUUUGCCAUGGCCAUGCUGAAGUAUGUAGUCCAAAGAGUGCUGAAAACCAAUACCAGUUUCAGUGUGAAUGUCAGCAUAACACUUGUGGAGAAACCUGUGAUCAUUGCUGCCCUGGAUAUAAUCAGAAACAGUGGCAACCUGCAACAGCUGGGAGCACAAACAUAUGUGAACCCUGCAAUUGCCACGGACAUGCCACUGAUUGCUUCUAUGAUGCUGAUGUCGAUCAGCAACGAGCAAGCUUAAACAUCCAUGGGCAUUAUGAAGGUGGAGGAGUCUGCAUUAACUGCCAGCAUAACACAGCUGGGAUUAACUGUGAGAAGUGUGCAAAAGGUUACUAUCGUCCUUAUGGUGUUCCAGUGAGAGCUCCCGAUGGUUGCAUACCCUGCAGUUGUAACUUGGAGCAUGCAGAUGGCUGUGAGGAAGGGUCUGGCCGCUGCUUCUGUAAGCACAAUUUCCAGGGAGACCACUGUGAACUCUGUGCUGAUGGAUUCUAUGGUUACCCAUUUUGUGUCUAUGCUCCUGUAUAUGCUUCUACUUCUUCAAUUCCAAGUGAUGGUGUAGCUGGUGACAUAAUAGAAGGAGGCUGCAAACCAGGGUAUUUUGGCCCACAAUGUCUGUGUAAGUGGCGUAGUUUCUUUGACACUUGGAGCCUGUGCUCCAGGAUAAAUGCCAACUUUUGGCUUCCAAAGGAAAUAAGAACUUUAAGAUCAUAA